AUGUGGUGCUUCUGUCUGCGUAUACGGUACAUACUCGUCCUUCAUCCUUCUAACCAACGCAUUCCGUCAGACGGUGAAUAUCAUCGCGGGACAUCAGGCCCGAUUGUCUUCGGCGAAGGAGUGCCGGACUGGCUAGUGGAUUGCGGGACAAAAUCGGGGUUAGAGGUGAAAGUGCUGAAGCAUGACGAGAUGGCUGCCUACCAACGAGGAAAGCUAAUGGUGAAUCUCAACAACGCUGUGAAUGCUCUCUCCGGCAUUUCGUUGUAUGAACAGAUUGGCAACUGGUACUGCCGGAAUGUUACAGCGGAUGCUUACAGUGAAGCGUUGGCUGUUUUCGAGGCAGCCGAUUUACGAGUGAUCAACCCCAUGGGCAAGCUACCACUUAGGCUGAUACUCGCAGUGAUGAAAUCGCCGGACUUUCUGUUCAAUCUGGCUGGGAGUGCCUUUGUGGCCAUCGAUAAGAAGGCGACAUCAUCGAUGCAAGAGGAUCUGAGGCUAAAGAGAAACACUGAAAUUAAUGAGCUCAAUGGAUAUAUAGCAAAGCUUGGUCGCCAGCAUGGUGUGCAGACGCCUGUCAAUGACACCCUCUGUGGAUUAAUAAAUGAGGCUGAGAGGAAGCGAAUGGGUAGCCCGCAGAUAUCGCCUGAUAUACUAUACUCAAAGGUUCAGGAAGCGCUUAACAGUACGAGUCCAUAGCGGAACGUCGAGCAAACGGCAACGAUGAAACCCGGCAUGGAUGCUUAUUGGUGUCGUGAAGAACGCCAAUUCUUUAAUGAAAAUUUCUAUAACAUUAUCUAUAGCGGUCCUUCGAAUUAAAACCUCAAUCUGCUACUCGAGGUGGAAGAACUGACCAGUCGUAUUCAUUUGCAUGCUGUAUGUGUCCUGCCAAAUAUAUCUAAUCACCAUACAUAUUCGUAUCGACGAUCCGCUGCUUUGCAAGUAUAUGAUGUGAAAUCAAUACAUACUGUAUGUAUGCUGCCAAAUAUAUCUCAUCACCGUGUAUAUUCGUAUCGACAAUCCGCUGCUUUGC